UCGUCAUCAGUUGGCGACGGCUGUACAGUUAUCGCAAGCGUCCUUGGGACUCUGUGCGUGUUGUAUUGAGUUAUUAAAUCGUUUAAUUGCUUAUUUACAAUUUAAAGGAGAUCCUAAAGUUCAUUAAGUGAUGAAUCGCCUUUGAUGAACACAGAGAUGAGUGCCCCUAAUGCCAGUGAACGCAAAGCCUGCUGGGGAGCGAGAGACGAACUGUGGAAGUGUUUAGAUGUCAAUCAGGAUGAGACAUCUGCCUGUGGGAAACAACUGAAAGAGUUUGAAACCAAGUGUCCUGCGCAGUGGGUGAAGUAUUUCAGCAAAAGAAGGGACUUCUUGAAGUACAAGGAGAAAAUCCAAAAUAACGGAUAUGAACCCACAGAGGGAGCAUCAAAAUUAUAGUUAAAACAGACUGUGUGGCGUUGCAUUAAAAAACAAUGGACAUUAGAGAUGUGACCUGGACUCUAUGACCAAUAAAGGCAGAUAUGCACUUAAAUGUUUGCUAAUGAUAAAUGAAGCCUUUUUCCUGAUCAUCUUAUUUAUGUGUAUGGGUGGAGAUUAUCAAUAAACAUGAUCUCAAAAGUUA